GUUCUUUAAGAAAGCUUAAAUUAUCAUCGCCUUUACCUUCUUGUUAUCCUUUCUACCCCACGCCCACUUCUACACCGCCACCAUUGUCAAUCUACGGCUUGACUUCCACCAACAAUGGCCAGGACUCAAGGUUUCGGGCUCACCCUUGGGGCGUGCUUGAUCCAACUUGCCACCCUCGUCUUUGCAAGCCCCAUCAAGGCCAAUGCUGUUGUCGAGCGGGAUCACGCAAGUUCGACGACGACGACGACCGUUUGGAUAGAGCCCACCACGCUUACGGUCAACCCCAGGGACCCAACUAUCACAAGGGAUGCCGGAUGGACGACCACAACCGGCCCGCCGCCCUUUACGAGCACCGUUACCUCAUCAUGCAUCACCUACGACUACAGCUACCCCCCUGAGGACCAUUCGCCCACCGUGUCAACAUCCACCGUCACGGCUCGCAGCACCAUCACAGUAACCGACACGGACCGGCCGCUCCAGACGCAGUACUACUUCCACCUCCCCACCGUGACCGUAACAACCCCACUGGCCACAUACGUAUCAUACCACUGCCUCAACACCAUGGUCGUCCAGUACCACGACUGGGAGCACCUGACCUGGACGUGGUCGAACUGGGCGCACACGGCGACGACCACAGGGCUGUGCGUGACGACAUCGACACGCUCGACCACCAUCCCGGGCGUCACGCUCCCCGCGCAGCCGCCCUCGCGCACGCUCGAGGACUGGGAGUACUUCAGCGAGCCGGGGGUGUCGGUGGUGACCAAGCACUCGGUCGCCGUCGUGACCGACGUCCGCGCCACCCUCGACGCCACCACCACCCGCACCGUCUGCGACGCCCGCAACCCGCGCCCGACCAUCACCUCGCCGUUUACCGUCGUUCGUCCGCGCACGACUGUGACGACCACCGAGACGAUUACUACUGGGUGCGCCGGGGGUGCUGCUGCUAAGGUGCGGAGGCAGGGGAGUGGGACGGGCGAGGGCUCGCAGGUCUAUCCGCCGGUGGAGGUCCGCACCGUGGUGUACACGACGGUUACGGUUAUUGAUAACUCGGUGAUGACGCUGACGGGCACGGCGAUCGUGGAUAUCAACACGCAGGAGUUCCCUGUUACGCGUGUUGCUUACACCACGGUCACGGGGACGAGGGUGGCGACUGCGACGGUGACGGUUUGUGAUGUUUAGGGGGGCUGGUUAGUGGUGGGAGUAUAUACUUGAAUUGUUAUACUAGGUGCGAGUCGCGACUUGUAGAUGUGUAGAAUGGGGUACACUUCCCUGCCUGGCAGC